AAAUGGUCUGUGGAUUGGAUGGUAUCCAGUGUCCGCAUCACCUGAAGACAUACGCAAGCUGAGUGAUUAUGUUCGUGGAUUCGUUUGGGAACAAAAUAAUAUCGUGGGACGAACAUAAAAAAAGCAGUGCUUCGCUGAUCCUGGAGAUCCAGAAGCGACUGACCGACUGAGAGCGCGAGGUUGGUUGGUGUAUGGCUCGGUCCGUUUUGGACGUUCCUACCCUUAAUUCUACCUCGAGACUUCUUGCUUCGUUGGAUCUCAACGACGAACACAAGACGAGGGAACGCAGAUUGUCUCUGGAUUUAGGAUUGGGUUUUCAUUAUUCACAGAUGCAGAAUAUGGAUGAUUUGGACAUUGAUCAUGUAAUGGAUGUUCCUGAUACUCCUGAAAGACAGACCAUGCGGAAGAAUGGUGGGGAGAGUUUUGAAAAGCACGUUGGUUCUUCAGUGGCUUGUGAGUCUGAAAGUUCUGAAGUAUCGGGUAAAGGUGUUCCUGGUUUGCUGAGGGGUGGUGGUAGGCUGAUCGCUGAAAAUGUUAAUGGCAGAAGAUCUUAUCAUCGUUCCUCCAAAGAUUUCAGUAGUUCUGACAAAAUAGAGAAUGGCAUUUCCGCUGUUUUCUCCUCAUUGGAUAAUGGGACUUUUCCCAAGAACUCUAAUUUUAGGAAUAUGAUACUACGCCAAUCUUCUGCACAACCACAACAUUUGGAACACAUUCAUUCUAGUUCUCAUGGUCAUAGAGGUAAUAAUCAUCUGAUUGGUAGAGCUAAAGUUGGUGGUAGCUCUGAUGCUCCUGAAGUAUCUAUCUCUAAUGUCAGAAAUCAAGAUGGAAACAGGGGAAAACUAAUUGAUUUGAUUUCAAAUGACAAAAGCCCUUCAUGUUCUACCAAUCUUAGAAAUACAAGAAGGAAGAUGACCGCAUGUGACACAAACUUUGAUAAAGGAAAAGCUGUGUCCACUGAGGAUCCUAAGCCUUUUAGUUCCAUACCUGAUAGCUAUGUUCUAGAUUUAACAGUGCAGAAUGAAUGUAGUGGGAUGCCUGAAAGGGGAAGUAGUGCAUCAAAAUAUCCAGCUGAAGGGAUUAAAAAAGCACCGAUAGUACCCAAUGGCUGUUCUUCAUCACAUGUUGGCCGAAGCCCUUCAAAAGCACCCAGCAACACCUGCAAAGGGAAAAGCAAAUUGGAUGAUAAUGCAUCUAAUAAUGCUGGAGAUGAUUCCCAGAAUGUGAAUGGUAUUGGUUUGUCCAAUGCUUCCCAGUCAAAAACCAAACAAAUCAUUCUAAUUCCUCCACAGUCUACUUCCUCACCGAGGAGAGCCGGGCAAAAGAGGCUAGUUCGCAAUGGGUGCAUCUCUCCAUAUAACAUAGCAAGAGCUAAACAAACUGCUGAAAGCCUUGGUAUGAGUUCUGGUGGUGCCAAACAGGAUUACAUCAGAGAAGCAGUCUCCGGCGGUGGGACUUCAUCUUGUCAAAUACCCAUUGCCAUCUCUAGUUCUGAAGGCAACCAUACUGAUAGAAAGAAAGGAAAGGGAUUAAUGAAUGAUAGGAUUCCAGAAAAAGUGAAUAGUGACAAAGGCAUACAUUUUCCAAGCAGUUUGAUAUACCCUGUAGAAGAGGCUACUAGCAAUGAAGCUACUGCUGGAGACAUUUCCCAGUGUUUUGAAGACACAGGUGGUUGGAGAAGCACACAUAAUAGUUCAAGAAGAACAUCUUCACCAUUGAUUGGUGAGGUUGGACAUCUUCCUGGGGGUGGUCAAAGGCAUAAAAACAGAACAGAAAGUAUAAAUUGUAUGAAUGUAGUUAACAGCAGUCCUGAGACUGAUUUUGUUGAUGUUGGGGAUCCAGGAUCUAUUCAGCAUAGGCCCACUCAACAUUUAGCUCAAACAUCUUCCAAUGUUGCUUAUGAGUCACACAAUGUAAAUGGACAAUUUCAUAGAACAAAUAAGCUAAUGAAAAGACAAAAGAAGCAUGGUUCAUCUGGCAAUACUGGUGAUUGCUCUACUUCAACUUUUGAUGACUCAGAAGUUGCUUAUCUCUGGUCAUCUCGUGAACCUCCUAACACAAGAACAGCCAGAUCUCAGAAUCCUCAUUGUCAUGGCACCUCAGGACCUAUUAUAGAAAUUGAUGACUUGUCUCCAGAAAUGAGAUGCAAUAAUCCUCAAGAUACAAGUCGAAUAGUUGAUGAUGACUCAGAUGCUAGGGCAAGACAGGUAGAAGCUGAUGAGAUAUUGGCUCGACAACUCCAAGAACAAUUUUAUCGUGAGUUGCCUGGAGCUGGGGAUGGAGAGAUUGAUGCAAGUAUUGCAUGGACACUACAACAGGAAGAGGAUACACAACAUGCUUCCUUUCGUACGCAUCGGCGGUCAUCACAUCCCAGGGAUUCAUCAAUGUCACAUUUAUAUAGACAAUAUCCAUCACGGUCUUUCCAGAACUCUUCAACUCGGUCAGCAAAUCGUGGUCGAGUUCCUACCUCUGCAAGAAUGGCAAGAUUGAGAUCUAGUUUUCUUGGUCAAUCUCAUACUGUGUCAUCUAGGGAGAGAAUUAUAGAGUUCCCUUCGAAUAUGGAUUUUGAUACGAGAAUUCAUAUAUUGGAAGUACUGGAAGCUAGGGUUGGCAACAGCAAUGACAUGGGAGUAGCUAGUCACUUCCUUCAAGUUCAACGUGAUUUCAAUGAAAAUGAUUAUGAGAUGUUAUUGGCUCUUGAUGAGAACAAUCAUCAACAUGGUGGUGCAUCUCUCAGUCAGAUUACUGGCCUGCCACAGUCAACUGUCCAGACUGAUAACUUAGAAGAAGCUUGUGCAAUCUGUCUUGAGACCCCAAAAACUGGAGAUAAAAUUCGCUAUCUUCCCUGCUUGCACAAAUUUCACAAAGAUUGUAUUGAUCCUUGGCUGAGAAGGAAAACAUUAUGUCCAGUUUGCAAGUCCUCUAUCACUUGAUAUGCACGUAUAUUUGAGUCCUUCAUGCUAGUGCAUUACAGCAGGUUAUAUUGAGGUUGCAAGUAGUAACAUUUUUGGUUUUGUAGGUAAUCACAAAUCCAUGCAUUCUACCUGAAAUUUGUUGAAAUGGACAUCAAAAUUGGGCCAUAUAAUUUUGUUUUGUUUUUGUUUUUCUUGUUUUCAGUUCAAGUUAUACUGAAUUACUGGUACAUCAAAAUUUGUUUUCUUAAAUGGUACUAAUAGGGAUAGUGGGUGGAAAGAAAAGGCUUUGAAGGAAACACCCUUUACAUUUUUUUUUUUUUUUGGGGGGGGGGGUGUGAUAUGAGGAGCCCUCCUCCCCAAUUAUCUGCCUACCAUUGUGUCUUUUAGAUGAUAUCAUCUUUCGAUAUCCAGUAUUUGUUUUUUUCUAUUUUUAGUUUCUACGAUGCUUGUAGUUUCUACAAUGCUUCCUGUUCCUCAAGAGAACAAUGAUUUUUACACUGUUUACAUCCAAUAACUCAUAUUGAGUGCAUUAUAUCCAGAUGAAAGUUGACAGAUCCACUAUGCAUUCUAUCAGGCCCCACGUCACAGUACCUGGUGAAUCAAAUUUCCCAGAUUUGACUCAAUUAAUCAAGGCAUUGGUUCACUAAGUUGACAGAUGUGCUUCAGAUUACGAAGAUGAUUUUGCUUGGUAGAUUUAUUGAAGUUACUUGUGUUCCCAUUUAUCCGCUUUGUGCAUUUGAUUAUGUAUUACAUUUGUUUGGUAAUGGGAACUAAUAAUUGUAUCCUGUUUGUUUUUUGUGAUGAUGGUGGUGAUUAUUAUUAUUAAAAAAAUUGUUAAUGAGAGGAAUAGUCUCUUAAAU